AUGGCUGUAAUCCUCUUCCUCUCCCCUGUUCCCCUGCCCUCUUUCCCCUGCAGGUGGAGCUCCCUCUCCCUCCCUUUCGCCCUCUCCUACCUUCCACCCCCUCCUCUCCCCCUCCUCUCCCCCUCCUCUCAGAAGUGGCUAAUAUUCCCCUACCUUCCACCUCCUCCUCUCCCCCUCCUCUCCCCCUCCUCUCCCCCUCCUCUCCCCCUCCUCUCCCCCUCCUCCUCUCCCCCUCCUCUCCCCCUCCUCUCCCCCUCCUCUCCCCCUCCUCUCCCCCUCCUCUCCCCCUCCUCUCCUCCUCCUCUCCCCCUCCUCUCCUCCUCCUCUCCCCCUCCUCUCCUCCUCCUCUCCCCCUCCUCUCCCCCUCCUCUCCCCCUCCUCUCCCCCUCCUCUCCUCCUCCUCUCCCCCUCCUCUCCUCCUCCUCUCCCCUCCCCUCCUCUCCCCCUCCUCUCCCCCUCCUCUCCCCCUCCUCUCCUCCUCCUCUCCCCCUCCUCUCCUCCUCCUCUCCCCCUCCUCUCCCCCUCCUCUCCCCCUCCUCUCCCCCUCCUCUCCUCCUCCUCUCCCCCUCCUCUCCCCCUCCUCUCUCCCCUCCUCUCCUCCUUCCGGACCUCACUGGCACACUGCAAUUCCUGCGAGAAGAGGGGCGGCAGCACAGCGGCACGGUGGGGAGACGACCAAUUAGAGCGCAGGGAGGCGGCGGAGGGGGAAGAGGGGGAUGGGGGAGAGGAGGAGGGGGAGGGGAAGGAGGGGAGGGGGGUGGAGUGGAGGGGUGGGAGGGCAGGGCGAUGGAGCUGCUGCUGUUGCUGGUGGACGAGAGAAUAGAGCACCUGAUUGGUACACGACAGGACGUGAAGCAAUUGGCAUCUCAAGUGGAAGAAAGCAGGCUAGGCACGGCAUUGCGGAUCAUAGACAACCAUUUGGCGGUCUUUCGAUCUGUGGCGGCAUGGCUGAGGCCUCGGGCUUCCGGGGGUGGUUUGGAAGGGGUCUUUGCCACUCCAGAAGCUCGACAGGGUUGGAGUUCUUAUAGAUGA